UUUCUGCACGGUUCGUGCACUGUGUUUGGUGCCUUCCGACGCGAGCCAAGCGCCGGUUUCCUAUCUCUCUCUUCAUCACUUUAUCUUCCUCCACCGAAAGACCUUUGGUGCUUCUCUACGCCCUCCUUUCCCUUUCCCCCCAUUACUAUGUAGAUCCCCUCCGAAUCGAAUCCGUCGUUUCUCGGAUCGUGUCGUUAGAGAGAAGGCGAGGCCGCGAAGCGAACAGGUUGCGUGCAAGCAAAGGAGGGGAGCCAUGGUUGUGCUACGGCGGGUGGGGAAGUACGAGGUGGGGCGGACGAUCGGAGAGGGCACCUUCGCCAAGGUCAAGUUCGCGCAGAACACGGAGACCGGCGAGAGCGUCGCCAUGAAGGUGCUUGACCGUGCCACCAUCAUCAAGCACAACAUGGUCGACCAGAUUAAGAGGGAGAUUUCUAUAAUGAAGCUGGUGAGGCAUCCUUAUGUCGUUCGCCUCCACGAGGUGUUGGCAAGCCGGACCAAGAUAUAUAUAAUCCUUGAAUUUAUUACCGGCGGCGAAUUGUUUGAUAAGAUUAUUCAUCAUGGAAAACUUAGUGAAGCUGAGUCACGUAGAUAUUUCCAGCAACUUAUUGAUGGGGUGCAGUAUUGCCACAGCAAGGGCGUCUAUCAUCGAGAUUUGAAGCCUGAAAACCUCCUCCUAGAUUCGCAAGGAAAUCUUAAAAUUUCAGAUUUUGGUCUCAGUGCCAUGCCUGUGCAGGGAGUUAGCCUUCUCCGCACUACUUGUGGAACUCCUAAUUAUGUUGCCCCAGAGGUACUCAGUCAUAAGGGCUAUAAUGGUGCCAUUGCUGAUAUCUGGUCAUGUGGGGUCAUUCUUUAUGUUUUAUUGGCAGGAUAUCUUCCAUUUGAUGAAGUUGAUUUGACUACUCUUUAUAGCAAGAUUGAGAAAGCAGAAUUUUCUUGUCCUUCGUGGUUUUCCAUCGGUGCAAAAUCCCUACUAUGUAAAAUUCUGGAUCCUAACCCUGAGACUCGUAUGAGAAUAGAAGAGAUCAGAAAUGAUGACUGGUUCAAGAAAAAUUAUGUGCCUGUUAGUGAGGUGGAAACUGAGGAUAUUAACCUCGAUGAUGUGUUUGCUGCUUUUGAUGACCCUGAGCAGGCAAGUGAGCAAUCUAGGAAUGAGGAAUUGGGUCCGCUGAAUCUCAAUGCAUUUGAUCUUAUAAUUCUCUCACAAGGACUGAAUCUUUCAGCAUUAUUUGACCGAAGGCAGGAUUAUACAAGACACGAAACCCGCUUCCUAUCUUGCAAAUCGGCUAGAGUUGUCUUGUCAAGCAUGGAGGUUGUUGCACAAUCAAUGGGCUUUAAGACUCACAUUCGUAAUUAUAAGAUGAGGGUAGAAGGCCUCACAGCAAAUAAAGCCACUCAUCUUUCAGUUAUGAUAGAAAUCUUUGAAAUAGCUCCAUCAUUUUUAAUGGUGGAAAUUCAGAGAGCAGCAGGAGAAGCAGCAGAUUAUCUCAAGUUUAAUAGAAACUUCUGUAGCAAGCUGGAUGAUAUUAUCUGGAAGUCAGCUAUCGAGAAGAGCAAAUCGCAUAUCACCAGAAUGCCAAAACGCUGAAAUUUCAUUGUUUCAGUCAUUGCUAUAGGUGUCACAUAGUUACAUUGCAGCUGCAAAUAUUUUCCGUAUGUGAUGUAAAGUUUUAUUUUAUUUUUUUUGUUUUUGCUCGAGAAGUGGACACACGAGGAAUACUUUAUUUUUAGAAACGUCCGAGCUCCUGUUGUUGGUGUCAGAUUUUCCAGGCAUCAGUAUCUUUUGCAGAAAUCAGGUAACCUCCAUCCCCAAUUUUUUCUUCACUUGUAUGUGGCCGGAGCUCAUCAGACUGGUACUUUGUGAAAUAAUAUCAUCAAUUGUAACUGGUAUUUUCAUUAAGAGUGUCGAGAUGAAUGUAUAUUUGGAUCAUGGAGGUGCUUUGUGAUGUAAAGUUAUCGUCCGAAAUAUGUGAUCAUCCAUUUGAACAGUAAAAUUUUGGAUGUAGUUUUAUCUUUGCAAGUGA